CCCCCCCGCUCUCCUCCCUCUUCCCGGCUCCUGCUCCGCCGCCAGCUCCGGCCUUUGCUCCCCCUCCCAGAGUCCCCUCCCCGGAGCGGAGCGCACCUAGGGUCCCUCUCCCUUCCCCCCAGCCCAGCCUCCCGUUCAGACCAGCAGCCUCGGGGGGCAGCCCCCCGCCAGCCUGCCUCCCUCCCACUCAGCCCUGCCAGGGCCCCCCAGCCAUGAAUCUCUUCCGAUUCCUGGGAGACCUCUCCCACCUCCUCGCCAUCAUCUUGCUACUGCUCAAAAUCUGGAAGUCCCGCUCGUGUGCCGGAAUUUCAGGGAAGAGCCAGGUCCUGUUUGCUGUGGUGUUCACUGCCCGAUAUCUGGACCUCUUCACCAACUACAUCUCACUCUACAACACGUGUAUGAAGGUGGUCUACAUAGCCUGCUCCUUCACCACGGUCUGGUUGAUUUAUAGCAAGUUCAAAGCCACUUACGAUGGGAACCAUGACACAUUCAGAGUGGAGUUCCUGGUUGUUCCCACAGCUAUUCUGGCAUUCCUGGUCAAUCAUGACUUCACCCCUCUGGAGAUCCUCUGGACCUUCUCCAUCUACCUGGAGUCGGUGGCCAUCUUGCCGCAGCUAUUCAUGGUGAGCAAGACUGGCGAGGCGGAGACCAUCACCAGCCACUACUUGUUUGCGCUGGGCGUUUACCGCACGCUGUAUCUCUUCAACUGGAUCUGGCGCUACCAUUUCGAGGGCUUCUUCGACCUCAUCGCCAUCGUGGCAGGCCUGGUCCAGACAGUCCUCUACUGCGAUUUCUUCUACCUCUAUAUCACCAAAGUCCUAAAGGGGAAGAAGUUGAGUUUGCCGGCUUAGCCCCGGUCCUCUCCAUCUCUCUCCUCGGCAGCGGCGGGAGGCAGAGGAAGGCGGCAGAAGAUGAAGAACUUCCCCAUCCAGGGGUGACUUUUUUAAGAACCCACCUCGCGCGCUCCCCAUCCCGCCUCCUGCCGGGUUUCAGGGGGACAGUGGAGGAUCCAGGUCUUGGGGAGCUCAGGACUUGGGCUGUUUGUAGUUUUUUGCCUUUUAGAGAAGAAAAAAAAAAUCUUUCCACUCUUUAGUUUUUGAUUCUGAUGACUCGUUUUUCUUCUACUCUGUGGCCCCAAUUUUUAUAAAGUGUUUUUGAGUGUCCUGUGGGCUGGGGCAGGGUCCAAGAUCUUUUCCCUUCCCCAGGCCCCUCGGCUCCCUCCCAGAUCCCACCCCCAGCCCCACUGGUUGCCAAACACUAAAUCUGCCGACACCCAUCUGCCCCACCUCCUGCCAUGGCCAUGAACCGCAGCCCCCCCUAAAUUUCUAGGUUGGGGAUAGGGAGAAAGGGAGGCCCAGGAAGGUCUCCCCUGAUUUUUUUUCAUAGUAAUUUUUUCCCCCAGAGUUUGAGUUUUUUGGUCUUCUCAUCGUUUUUUGGCAAAUUAGGGGGGCCCGGGGCUCCAGUGCAGGAAGGGGGCUGGCCCGAGGGUCCCAUGGCUCUCACACCAUGUUUUUGUACAGAACUGAUGGUUGGUUCUUUGUUCUCUUGAAAUAAACAGAAGAAAAUGCAGCCUUU